CUCUGUAACUCGGCCUCUGAAUAGUCCAUGGAAGGAGCCGCUGGUGAAGGAAAACCGAUCACCAAGCCUUUGGUCCUGCUCCUGCCAUACACCACUCAAGGCCAUAUCAACCCCUUGAACCAACUCGGGCAGCGGCUUGCCCUUCAUGGCAUCGAAGUCCGCCACCUGACCACGCCUUACCUGCUCAACUCCCUUCUUCCCACAGCCGACCGGCGCCUCUCGAUCCCAACCGAGCUCAUCUCCGAUGGGUUCGACGAGUCCGGUUAUGCCCAGUGCGGCGACGUUCAAACAUACCUCGAUCGGUUCAAGGACGUGGGCUCCCGCACCCUGGCCGAGCUCCUCGGCCGGCUAGCCAGCAACGGCCGACCGGCCAACUGGAUCGUCUACGACGCAUUUCUGCCGUGGGUUGCGGACGUAGCAAGGCGUUUCGGCGUUUCGACGGCAUCAUUCUUCUCGCAGCUGGGAGCUGUUAACGCCACUUACUACCUUCACUGUCACAGAAAGCUCAACAUCCCGCCGCCGGGGUCUGAGCCUACCACUCCAGUACCAAUUCCAGGGCUACCUUCUCUGAAAUUUGAAGAUCUGUCUUCCUUCCUCAUAGCCCCGGAAUCCAUUCCGGCCUACUACGACCUGCUGUUGAAUCAGUUCAGCAACACAGCAGAUGUCAUGCUUGUCAACUCCAUCGAAGAGCUGGAACCCGACGUCCUGCACGCCAUGGCCGAGUCCUUGCCUUUCAAGCCGGUUGGUCCCAUGCUGCCGCUGGCACACCUCGACCCUCGAGCCUCAAAACAAAGGGCAAACGAAACGGACCUCCGGGAGGCUUCGCGAGCGGACGACCUGCUGGGGUGGCUGGAUUCCAAGCCACCAAGGUCGGUGGUGUACGUGGCCUUCGGCAGCAUAGCAACGUUGGAGGAGGCACAAGUGGUGGAGAUUGAAGCAGCGCUGCGAGCUCUCGACAAGCCCUUCAUUUGGGUUACGGGCGCAAAGGACUCUGUGGCCGGCCGGGAAGCAGCGGCGGGGGAGGUGGGGAGGAUGGUGGGAUGGUCCUCGCAGCCGGAGGUGCUGGCUCACGCUGCCGUCGGCUGUUUCGUGACGCACUGCGGGUGGAACUCGACGCUGGAGGGGCUGACGCUGGGGGUGCCGAUGGUGUGCAUGCCGUGGUGGUCGGACCAGCCGAUGAAUGCGAUGUUUGUGGAGGAGGUUUGGGGGGUGGGGCUGAGGGCGAGGGCCGGCGAGGGAGGAACGGUCGGAAGGAAGGAGAUAGAGAGGUGCGUCAGAGAGGUCAUGGCGGACGGCGGUGAGAAGGGGCGGCGGAUUUGGAGUCGAGUGCAGAAAUGGAAGGAAGUGAUAAGGACAGCAGCAGACAAGGGAGGUUCCAGUGACAGGAACUUGAUUGGCUUCGUCGAAAUGGUCCGGGACAAGCAUUAAAUAGGUCACUUUCGAGAACAACUUGGAACGGUGUACGUGUAUGGAGCCGAAAAAAAGGAGUUAAUGGAGGGGACGUUGAUUGAUGUCCUUGCUGAGGCCGGUUGAGAGAGUGUUUGAUUGCAAAUUUAAAUACCAUUCUGUGCUUGGAAUUCACUUGAAUCCAUUCAUGACACUCGAUCAUCUCUGUCAACAGUUUGAUCCUUGAAUCAUGUAUACGGUUGUUCCAAAGAAUCCAGAAGUUUCUUCAAUCGCUUGUCCCACCAACUCCUUUUCUCCUUUUUCUUUGUUAAAAGUUCGCAGCAAUUAGGAGGCAAUAUUUGAUUGUUUCGGAAUUGAAAUCUUCAAAUAUGACAGUGAAUAUGAUGUGACAUGAUUUUGUCAAUGUGGUGAAACAUUUAUAUUAAAAC